CAGCUGGCAUUACAAGAAAUGUAAAACGGAGAGGCUAUUCGACCCGCAUUAACUCGAGUACCGACGAAAUGAAAUGUACGGGAACUGUCUGACAUAUUUUAUGCAGUCGAGUCCAUCCCACCUGUUGAAUCAACAUUACGUAAACGCAUAUAAACUUAGCGAUGAACCUGGUUCAAUCGGAGAGUGCGGGAGACGAGAAAACCCCGAUUCUCGGGAAAAACGAUUCGGGAUGUUGUUCUACAGGAAUCCCCGUGAGGUACUCCAUGACAUGGUGGAGUUUCCUCGGCAUUUUCAACGUGUAUGCCAUGCGGGUAAACCUGAGCGUUGCUAUGGUUGCCAUGGUGAGGAAGACAUUCCAUCCUGAUUUUCCACCAGAAGGAGGGCCAGAAGUCGCCUGCCUCAAUCUUCUCGAGUCACGACAAAGUACAAACUAUUCCAAUGUUAUGCUAUCGUCUACAUCUGUUCAUGGCGAAUUCGACUGGGACUCUGACACUCAAGGACUGAUUUUGGGCUCUUUUUUCUACGGCUAUGUUAUUACGCAAAUACCCGGUGGCAUCGCUGCUGAAAAGUGGGGCGCAAAGUGGUUGUUCGGAAUAGGGGUUCUCAUCACUUCCAUCUUCACUCUGCUCACUCCUCUGGCAGCUCGGUGGAAUGUCUACGCACUCAUUGCCGCGAGAGUCAUCGAGGGGCUUGGAGAGGGAGUGACAUAUCCCGCCAUGAAUUCCCUACUAGGUCGCUGGGCACCCAAGUACGAGCGGAGUCGUCUCGCUACCCUAGUCUACAGUGGCGGACCUAUUGGGACUGUAGUUGCCCUCUCUCUUUCAGGAUACCUUAGUUCCUCUACUUUCUUAGGCGGUUGGCCUUCUGUCUUUUAUGUUUUUGGUGCCCUUGGAUGCGUGUGGUUUUUCUUCUGGAUCUUCUUUAUAUACGAAAGCCCAGAUCAACAUCCUCGCAUAUCAAAGGCAGAACUGAACUACAUUCGACGAGGACAGGACAGACAGGAAGGUGUGAGAGCGCCAGUGCCAUGGAGAGCCAUCUUGACCUCAGGAUCUUUAUGGGCCCUAGUUGUCACACAUUUUGGAAACAACUGGGGCUUUUACACCCUUCUCACAGAGCUUCCUACAUACCUCUCGAAUAUUUUGCAUUUUGAUCUCAAACAGAAUGGAACUCUAUCUGCUCUUCCGUAUUUGACGCAAGCUAUUUUCGGCGUUUUUGCCAGUUUGGUAGCUGAUAAAAUGAGGGCAAAUUCCAAUCUGCGGAUUACAGCCAUUCGAAAGAUCAUGAAUUCCGUAGCGUUCUACGGCCCAGGUUUAGGAGUAUUAGCUGUAGCUUUCGUGGGUUGCGACCCUGCAGUCAUCGUAGCUCUACUAGCUCUCUCGGUGGGUUUCAACGGAUUCAUCUACUCGGGAUUCAAUGUCACCCAUGUCGACAUGAGUCCGGAAUUUGCAGGGACUUUGAUGGGAAUCACGAACUGCGUUGCAAACGUCUCUGGCUUCUUAGCACCAGCUUUCGUAGGAUGGGCUAUAAGAGAUGGGCAAACCCUGAAGAACUGGGGUACCGUUUUUGUGACGACAUCUACCGUAUACUUCUUCACGGGAAGCGUCUUCAACUUAUUUGCAUCCGCUGAACUGCAGCCUUGGGGAGCUCCAACCAUCAAUCUUGGACCUGAAAUAGUAGUCCAAGGCCCUGAAGAGGAAGAACCUGAAAAUUCUAGGCGAAGAUCAUUCCCAUAAGAUAUUUUGAGAGCAGGUUUCUUCCUAAAACAGCUUUCUAGUCGCACAUCUAGUAGUUGGCCGUUCAAGCCCAUAGUUCAUGUGAAUGAAGACGUUGAGCAAAGGAGUAUUAUUGUGACUAAAAUUUCAUGCAAUGACUCGAGUAUCAUUUUGCUUUUGUCAUUUCUUUGGUCGAUUUCGUUUUUAAAACGGCAUGUGACAUGAUCUGCCAAUUGGAAGAAGUGACUACAUUUCAGUGAAUCGUUAAAUUUGUUUUUAAAUUUGUUCCAGGAGUUAUUUUAUGUUGUAAGAAGUGAAAAGUUAACGUAAGUAAAGGCAAUUAAAACAUCUUUCGGGAAAGAAUUCAACAAUUUUGAGUCUAUAUCAGCGAUAAGAAACGCCAGCCUAAAACUUCAUGAUGGCAACGAAUAAAAAUGGUUUUUGAAAAAAACUUUGAGUUUUGAUAUCGUGAAUUCAAAUCAUAUUUUUCGCAAUCACAAGUUGCGAUGGGAUCCUACUCGUUGGGGUUCUUGUUUCUCACAGAUAUCCUGAAUGAAUGUAUAUGAACAUUCAGUUUGUUCGAUGCACGAUAAAACGUAUAGAAUGAAAAUAAUAUUAACAAAUUAGGUGGUUUCGACGAAGUCCGAUGAGAGGCUGUGGCAGAUGGGAAGUCAUUGCGACCUUCCAAAAUUAUCAUGAUUAGGCGAAUUUUGUCUGACGAUUCGGCAAAAUUAUCAUAAUGAGGAGAAUUUUGUCUGACGAUUCGGCAAAAUUAUCAUCAUUCGGCAAAAUUUGGAGUUCCAUACGGCAAAUUGAGAAUUUACACCCGCUUAAAGAUUUAAGUUCGGGCGUCCCUGAUGGAUGCCUAUUCGAAAACUAGAAACUCUCCCCUUCUGGGCAUUGUAAGUUGUAUAGAGGAAGGUAGAGCAGGGAGACCAAACUGACAAAGGACCCGUCUUGGCUCCUUCUUGGCCCUGGUAUUAAUAAGCAGCAUGUUCUUUGGCACAUUCCUAUCAAGGCAUAUGCUAUCAAGAAAACUAAAUGAGGUAGUGAAAUAACUAUUAAAAGAACACGAGAGUUGUCAAAAAGGAUUUAACACAUUUUAUUGUCGCUCAAAAUUGUAUUUUUACAUUUUCUUCUCUCCCAAAUUAUACUUAAAAUUGUUCUCUUUUUCUAUCCCUGACUUUUGCUGCACUUGAGAAAAUAUCAUUCCUCUCCCCCCCCCCCUUCGAAAAUGAUGUGUGAAGCACUCGUGCGUUUGGUAUAUAGCUUAGAAAUCCGUUUUCUACAGUCUUCAUUAUUUUCUGGGUUAUCUUUGCUCUGUUCUUACGUUUUUGCGUGCGGUUUCAAAUCCCUGCUACAACCUCAUCUAUGAACUUACACUUGUUCGUUUUCGCCACUCAGUUAUUACCUUCUGACUCAGGAAUAAACUUCCUAACUGAAGAAUUUUCAGUCCAUGUCGAAGUUGAAUUGAUUGAAUUGACUACUUUUUUUCAGUAGUGAUGAAGAGACAAUAGGGGAAAACCUAACGUGGCAGAUUUGUGAAGGCUACGCAGAUCCUAGUUACAGCAGUACAUGCUGCCAGGCUAGGUUUGCCCCAACAAUAGCUGGUUAUCAUCUCCAAUACGGAUGUACCAUUUUCGUUAGCUGGUUAUCAUCCCCAAUACGGAUGUACCAUUUUCAUUGUCUAAAUAGCUUUUAUGUGAUUUCAUUUUAUUCUUGCUACAUACAUGUUUCAGCACAAUUGUAACUAUUGCGUAAACAACUAUUUUAUUGAAUAAAAAAUUAAACUUUGC